AUGUCUGGUCAGACCCCGUCCGGUAGAGAUAGGCCUUUGCGCCGUCUAGUGCCGGCCCAGGCUAUGAGGUCGGUGUCGUCCGCUGUGGGUACUCCGUCGCCGAGGUCGCGGUUAAAUACCGUGAUUGCCGCCUGCAACGCGUGCCGGAGGAACAAAGCGAAGUGUUCUGGUGGGAGACCGACAUGUCGUCGCUGUCUUGAUAGGGACCUUUUAUGCCAGUACAUAACGCUACCUGGAGAAUCACGACUGCAGGCCAUUAACCGGAACCAUCACGACCUGAAGGGCCGAGCAACAGCCCACGAGGAGAUUCUCACCAUGCUCAAGACCCUGCCAGAGCGUGAUGCACAGGACAUCUUGAAGCGAAUCAGAUCCGGCACCGACGUCGAAGCUGUUCUGAACCAGGUCAAGGCCGGCGAUCUUUUGCUUCAAGUGGCCCUAGUGCCCGAGACUAGACUCCGAUAUGAGUUCCCGUAUCGAUCUGAGAUGCCUGCAGAUUACGCCCGAGACAACCCAUACCUAGAUUCAUUGAUUUACGAGGCGGCUUCGCUUUACUCGGCACCUCAAACCUCGGAACAUGUUUCACCCCGACUUAUGACUGACCUGGGCUCUGAUGAGCAACAAAGUCUCUACCUGAAACCUUUUCACGCAGCACAUGUUGUGGAGCCUGUUCUCUCCAACGUCAAGCCAUCGUUGUGGGCUCCAGUGUCCAAUGAUGAUGCGCUCAUGCGAGAUCUCCUCAGUGUGUUAUUUCGCUGCGAAUACCAAUUCACGGCGGCGUUCCAGAAGGACUUAUUCCUCGAAGACAUGGCUGCUAGACGAAAAGACUUUUGCUCAUCUCUCCUUGUCAACAUUGUCCUUGCUUAUGCCUGUGUCUGCUACCCGGGCUUCUCGAACCGUGCCGAGUACUGGAACCCCAAUACUCUCGCGUACCGCUUUCUUGCAGAAGCCAAGCGCCUCUGGGAGCUAGAAUGUUCAGAACCGUGCAUCACGACUAUACAGGCUGGUAUACUCUUCAGCGUCUUUCACAACCUCUGCGGUUUGGAUGAGAUUGGACAGCCGUACAGGAUUCAUGCUGUUUCAUUAGCUCACGAGCUUCGAAUCUUUGACGUGAUGGAUUUACGAAGUCAAAGAAUACAGAAUGGUAGGGCAUAUACGGCGUGGGCUUUAUACAUCUGGGAAACCCUCGUUGCCUUCUCCUUCAUGCUGCCGCCACUGCUCAAGAAACCUCCAGAUUGGGCAUUACCAGAUCCCACACGAAAUGCGGAAUGGUACGGCGAGAUAUGGAUGAAGUAUCCGCUGAACAAUAGCCCCUCGCCAUCCUACUUUUCUCACAUGUUCCGAGCAAGAUGCCAUUUCCGGAUCAUGAUGAAUGAGAUUUGCGAUGCGGCCUACUCGGAAGGGUCUGGGAUAACUCUUGACAAAGCUCAUGGGUUCCGUGAGCGACUAGAGAGCUGGUAUAGUAAUCUACCUGGCCCGCUCCAGCCAAGGACCAUCGUUCUUCCCGGCCACCUUCAACUUCACAUUUACUAUCAUCACCUCUUGCUUACCCUCUUCGAGCCGCUAUGCGAUAUUGAGACAACCCAGUACCCUUCUCCGCAGCAAAUCGUUGUUUAUGCCAAGAAAUACCUCCAGACUCUCGUCCGACUCUACUAUCUCCGACACGGAUUCGAAGCCAUGGAUCUCUUUGUUGUUAUUCCCCUUAUGCUCACCGGCUACGACUGCAUCGAUGCCAUCGGGGACCAAACACCAGCUACUGAGCUUGAAACCCUGCGAUCAACUCUCAUUUUGAUUGCGCAGGGCUUAUACAGCCAACGACGGAACCAUUACUUGGCGGAAGCGCUGUUCCGGGUUAUCCGGGGCCGCAUGAGACCGCAGGAACUUGCUUUGCUGAGAGGCACCAUGAGCCUGGAGGAACAAGAGGCGGUCAACGAACUGGACGACAUGCAACCAGUUCGGAGUCAUUGGCCAGUGAGCGUUGUCAAAAAACAGGAAGAUGUAGAUGCUCAUAUUUUGAAGAAUCUUGUCAAGAGCUUGCAUCUCUGA